AAGGACUAGCUGCCGCUAAGCAUGCCUCAUAAUGGAAAGUAAUAGUACGGCAUUGGAAAAGGCCACGAAGAGGGCCGACAAUAAACACGCAGCCACGACAAUGCUUCGCAGCACUGGAACACCAAAUCUAAAUGGCCGAACAGAUGAAAGCGAACAUCAAGACAGAUGCUGGAAUAUACCGGUGGCUCUGGCCGCGGCCGCAUUCAUGGUCUGCAUGCCGUGGUCAUGGUUCGGCCUCCUGCUCGUCUACUUCAUGGAAGAGUUCGAAAUAUCGAGAGAGACAGCGUCCUGGCCAAAAAGCAUCGCUUCUGUGCUAAGCCACGUUUCAGGGCUAGCUGUAUACGGCCUUCAACAAUACAUCAAGACCUACUACAUUGUGUUGAUAAGUACCGUUUUGACUUCAGCGGUUUCAUUUUUUCGGCAUUUGCCUCCAACAUUUUGUGGAUGUCAAUGUACACUUGGAGUGAUGCAUGGCCUAGGACAUGGAGUAUUUGUGACAUCAGCCACCGUGUACACCCUCCUCCACUUCGAGAAGUAUCGUGGCAUUGCGACGUCACUCGCCUUCAUCGCUUAUGGGGCGUCGUCAGUCAUCAGCCAGAUUGUGUUGGCUGGCCUCGUUGAACUUUAUGAUAUAGGUGGAGCUCUUCUUGUCUACGGAGGAGUACUGCUAAAUGCCACCGUCGUUGUUAUGCUAGCCAAGAACCCUUGGCCACUGCAACUUUCAAGAAAACAAGGACAGUCAGAACCUCUGCUGAAAAAGGAUAUCGAGUCGACGUGUUAUGAAGCCACCACCAACAACACUAGCAGCAAACAAAGUCCAGAAGACCAAUGCCUAAUUAUGCCGGAAAAGAAGAUACUGCCGGAAAGCUGUACACUGAAGCAAGCCUGGGAGCUCUUCUACGCGCCAGCAUUCUACGUGCUUCUGGUGACUGUAGUGGUCGGGGAUUACACGAACACCGAAUUCUCAGCAACCAUCGUGGACUACGGUAUUGAUAAAGGCAUACACCGGGACCACGCCAAGCACCUGGUAACGUUCAGCGCGAUCGGACAGGUUGCGGGCCGAGUGGCGGUUCCUCUUCAGUCAGACUUCUCCCCGUUCAUGCGCCACUUUCUGUAUACUCUGAGCUUCCUGGCGCUGUGUUGCUGCAUGGUAGCAAUGCCAUACGUAUCUGCUUGGUGGACCACUCUUGCACUGUCUACCGUGAUCGGAGCGUCAGAAGGAUACAUAAUGUGCAUCAAGUAUGUCCUCUUGGCGGAACAUCUCGGUGUCGAGCGGACUGCUGUUGCCAUCGGUAUGAUCGGUAUCCUGAUGACACCGGCGCUUCUUGUGAGCCCAAAACUUUUAGGACUAUUCCGGGACGUUGCUGGAUCAUAUGAUGGCUACUACCGCCUCAUGGCCACUCUGAGCUUGAUGGCCGCUCUCCUCUUCGCUGGACACGAUGCCUGGAUCUAUAGAAAAAGAAAGCGUAGACAUUCUGUCAAUCCCAAAAGCCCUACUAGUGAAGCUACAUAAUUCACGUUUCAACAGAAGCGCUUUAUUUUCUGUGUUAAACAAUAUUUCAGUAAAAGAAGGUGAUGAUUCGAAAUCAUGAGUAAAAUGGCACUAAUUAUUUA